AUGGGAUCUACAUGUGCGUUGGGAUCAACCUGGAGCAUUCGGAUCUACAGGUGUGUUGGGAUCAACAGGCGCAUUGGGAUCGACAGGCGCGUUGGGAUCAACUGGAGCAUUGGGAUCAACAGGCGCAUUGGGAUCGACAGGCGCGUUGGGAUCAACUGGUGCGUUGGGAUCAACAGGUGCGUUGGGAUCUACAGGCGCGUUGGGAUCAACUGGAGCAUUUGGAUCUACAGGCGCGUUGGGAUCAACAGGUGCAUUGGGAUCAACGGAGCAUUCGGAUCUACAGGCGCGUUGGGAUCAACUGGAGCAUUGGGAUCUACAGGUGCGUUGGUUCGGAUCUACAGGCGCGUUGGGAUCAACUGGAGCAUUUGGAUCUACAGGCGCGUUGGGAUCAACAGGCGCAUUGGGAUCAACAGGCGCGUUGGGGAUCAACUGGAGCAUUGGGAUCUACAGGUGCGUUGGGAUCACAGGCGCAUUGCGGAUCACGGCGCAUUGGGACAACAGGCGCGUUGGAUCAACAGCGCGCGCGUUGGGAUCAAACUUGCGAGCAUUUGGAUCUACAGGGCGUUGGAUCACUGGUAG